AUGGAGCCCAAAGAAGCCCUCAGGAGAGAAAAUAUAGGCACCAGGAAAAAGAAUCUGCCCUUCCUGAGGCCCAGGCUCUAUAUGCUGGAGAGAAGGAAGACUGACACUGUGGUUGAGAGCAGUGUUCCCGGGGACCACUCUGGUACUUUGAGGAGGAGCCAGUCUGACAGGACCGAGUACAACCAGAAAUUACAAGAGAAGAUGACCCCGCAGGCUGGGUGUUCCGCGGCUGAGGCCCUAGCUCAGGAGGAGGAGCAGCAGACGCAGAGAAUGAUGGCAAGGCGCUCGAAAAUCAUCAAGGAGCUGAUACAGACGGAAAAGGACUAUCUCAAGGAUCUGGAGCUGUGCAUUCAAGAAGUGGUUCAGCCCUUGAGAAACAAACAGAUUGAUCGGCUGGAUGUGGAUAGCUUGUUUAGCAACAUUGAAUCGGUGCAUCGGGUAUCAGCCAAGCUGCUCUCAUUGUUGGAAGAGGCCACGACAGACGUGGAACCGGCCAUGCAAGUAAUCGGAGAAGUAUUCUUGCAGAUUAAAGGGCCACUGGAAGAUAUUUAUAAAAUCUACUGCUAUCACCACGAUGAGGCACACAGUGUACUGGAGUCCUAUGAAAAGGAAGAGGAGCUGAAGCAACAUUUGAGCCUCUGUAUUCAGUCCCUAAAGAAAAUAUACAUGCAAGAAGGCAAACCGAACUUACUAGACAUGGGCUCUUUGAUGAUCAAACCAAUUCAGCGAGUGAUGAAGUACCCCCUAUUACUGUGUGAACUCCGGAAUUCCACCCCCACCUCUCACCCAGACUUCAAGGCACUGGAGGUUGCCUUUGCUGCCGUGAAAGACAUUAACGUAAACAUUAAUGAACUUAAAAGACGGAAAGAUCUAGUUCUAAAAUACAAGAAGAACGAUGAGGAUGAAUCACUGAAAGAUAAACUGUCUAAACUAAAUAUUCAUUCAAUUAGCAAGAAAUCAAAAAGAGUGACAAAUCAUCUAAAGAUUCUGACCAGAGGAGAAUCACAGGUGAAAGACAAUACCUUUAAUAGAGAAGAAAAGCUAUUUAGAUCUCUAGAAAAGACUGUAAGGCACUGUGUGAAGAAUAUUUCAUUCUGUCUUCAACACGUACAGGAUGCCAUGCCUUUAGCUCUGCAGAGUGUAAUGGAACUCCAGGAGAUUUCACAUAACAAAGAUGAGGAGGAGAGGGGCGAUUCAGAGGCUCCAAGUAACACCCAGAAUCCCUCUGAUGACUUUGCAGCUCGUUUCCAGAAACUCAUCCUGACGCCCCUGUCGGCCCUGCUGUGCCUAUUCCCAGGGCCCCAGAAGCUCAUCCAAAAACGCUACAACAAACUGCUGGACUACAACAGCUAUCUGCAGCGGGCGGCGGCGGAUGAGUCAGACUUGGCCAAAAGGGAAUACGAGGCCCUCAAUGCCCAGCUUGUGGAAGAGCUCCAGGUGUUCAACCAGGCUGCGCGCAAGAUUCUGCUGAACUGUCUGUGCAGUUUCAUCACCCUCCUCAGGGACCUGAUGCUCGCGGCCCAGAGGGUCUAUUCCACGGGGGUGCGGGUACCACUGUUGGCUUCAAGCAUCUCUGAAAUUCAGAAUCGAGUACUAGAAGAGAUUCAAAAUCUGAAUUUUGUGAAGGAUAACAGUGCUACCUUUAUUGAGAGGAAACUUAGUUUUGAAAAGAAGAAGCCUGUGCAAAUUCUGCCGGAAGUGCCACGUCAGACCGGCGCUCACCGCUCCAAACUUCUAUCCACAUACAGUACACAGGAACUCUACCAAGCUAAGCGCAAGUGCAACGCUACUCAAGAAAAUGACAUCAGUCUUCUGGAAGGGGAGCUGGUGGCUGUGAUGGAACAGAAGGAUCCUUUGGGAAGUACCAGCAGGUGGCUUGUUGACACAGGAAGUAUUAAAGGAUAUGUGUAUUCCUCCUUCCUAAAACCCUACAAUCCAGCAAAAGCCGAGAACAGGUUCUGUGAUGAUGAUUUUGAUAACAUCAGCCUCUUUGUGUCUUCACGACCAGCCAGUGACAGUGUCACAGGCACCCCAGAAGGUAGCAUAAGUGAUAGCAGCUCAUCUCUUAGUGGAACAUGUGGGAAGUCUGAAACAAAUGGUACUGAUGUUGACAGUUUUCAAGAGGUAGAUGAGCAGAUUUUCUAUGCAGUUCAUGCCUUUCAAGCACGGAGUGACCAUGAACUCAGCCUUCAGGAAUACCAAAGAGUUCACAUACUUCGAUUUUGUGACCUAAGUGGCAAUAAAGAGUGGUGGUUAGCCGAAGUUCAAGGGCAGAAAGGCUACGUUCCAGCUAACUACCUUGGGAAGAUGACAUAUGCUUAA